UUUAAAUAUGAUACAAAUCACAUAUACCAAUCACUAACAUUUAUUUUCUUUUCAUUAGCAAAUGUUAGUGAAUAGAUUCUAUAAGGCAUAGCCUCUAAAUCUACGUGUGAUUUUGCCCCAGUUUCCUUUAUGACUUUCAUUGAUGUUGUCAGGGUAACCUGUGUCACCCAGAAUGUCACCCAGACACUCUAUUCUUCUUUAUGUAUUAUAUUGUAUUGCAAUAUGUGUUGUUAAAAACACCACUCAACUAACAUUGCCAAGAGUGUCACCCAGAGAUUCCUCUUUUUAUUACUUAAGUAAACAAGCAAUAAUAAAAAGAAAGAAGCUAAGUUCAAGCAGUAGGAUAAACUGAGACAAGGUUGCUAUUGUCUGCUGUUGGUUAGAAUAGAAAAAAAAUAAAUAGUGGGGCUGAAACAGUUUUGAAUGCAUUGUUUGCUUUUGCUAAUUUGUGUGGAGGUGGCUUUGUGUUUAGAGUUAUGGUAACUUUCCAAAGAUUCAGCAAACAUAUUUAACCAUUUGGGGGGAAUAAAAUGUACUUGUUUUAAUGACUUCUGCGCAAUUUUCCAUGUGAAAUGUUUUAUUUGAUAAUCUGCAAAUGAUAAAUUCUUUAGGUGUCAUCUAGUAAGGCUAACCAAUCAAAUGUUUGAAUUGCUUAGAAACAAUAUGCCUAUAAUCCACAACUGCUAAUAUUUACAUUUAAGAUAUUAAACUUUCAAUAAGGCAGUUGUCCUCAAAUGGCUUACAAGACAAACAUAACAGACCAAACAUAGUCUGCAUGUAUAUGAACACCUCAACCAGCAUUCAUUCAGCUUAUUGAAGUGCGCAUGUGUGAUGACACGAACACAUCCUUCCUGUAUAUUUAAGCACAUCCAAGUUUUAAUAAAAAUAUUAAUUAUUAUUGUGCAUGUUAGCUCAUUGAAAUAACAAUAACAGAUACAACAUUAGACUUUAAUAAUGUCAACGAGAAGUGUUUAUUAGACGGGGAGGACAUGGUCUUAAAAUAAAAAUAAAUAAUUCAACAUGACAGCAGGGGUCACUCAUACUUCAUUAAAUGAAUAACUGAAAUUUAGUUUUGUCAAAAUACAUAAUGCACGGAACAGUUUUAAUGCUGUUUUCUUGAUUAUUUAUGUUGCUAAGGUUGUUGCUCAGUGAUACACAUCUGGACUUUCUUAAAAUAUUCACACAUUUUUAAGGUGAAACUAAUCCUAAAGUGACUAAAAAUUGUACUGUUAAAAAAUGUAUGUUACUACAUCUCCUCAUUUGGGUUUAAUAAAGGUAUAAGAAGCUGUAGGCUUUUUAAUGUAGCUUAAUGUAAUUAAGCUGAAUUACAUUAAGCUGUGUGACAAUAUGUUUGACAUCAGAGCUUCUCAUACACUAUAGCCUAUUGUCAAAAGUAUUGGGUCUUAUUAUUAUUAUUAUAUACUAAUAUCCACGAGUACAAAUCUUAAUGUUUAGGCAUAUAAUGAUAUUCUAGGGAGUUGUGUGCUUCUGAUUUUAUAGCAUCAGUUUGGAUGUCUCUAUGUAUAAAGCUAGGAUCAAAAGAAAUGAUUGAUUGAGUCAGAGUGGAAGAACCUAAAAGGUCUGCAUGAAGCAAAGUCCUAAACACGGCUGAACACCUCUGGUGUGAUUUUAAAUGCAGACUGUGAGACAAAAACGAAAACAAUGACUUAUGCCAAUGACAUAUGGGAACAGUGACUUUAGACAUUUCUAAAAUUUUGCAAAGGUGAUGGAAAUACAAUUUUUUACCUGCAUGAAUUAUGUUUCCGUCAUUGAAAAAGGCACUUCCAAAAAUUUGGCGACAGUUGUCCCAAUAAUUUAUGUACAAGUCAUUGGUGUUUGGUGAUGAUGUCUGCAUGCAAGUUUAGAUCUGCAAUCAGCUUAACAAAGGGAGUAUUCUCGGUAAGAUUUUUUUUUUUCAUGAAAUAUUACAGAGAUUAUAUAGCAUAAAGCCUAUGGAUAUUUUGUCAUGGGUUCCAGCACGGCGGAGUGAAAGGAAAUGAGGAAGCUGAUAAAAAAAGAAGACAUUAAAUGUUCCUGAUAUCAACAGGAUGAUUGGUUUUGAAAAGAAAAAGAUGUGGCAGAGCAUAUGGAACAAAACAAUUUGGGGAAACAAUUGUAUAGUACAAAAAAAUGAGUGGAAAGAAGAAGAAGAAAGUCACAAUCACAAGGUUGUGGAGUGAUCAUAAAACUCUACAAAGUUAAGAAGAUAAGGCAGCCCAGAAUGGAUAAUUUCAAUACAUGUGGAAUCCCAGAAACAGUAUAAUCACAAAUUGUUAAAAUAUACGGCACACAAUAGAAAAUUAUUACGUUUUCGAUAAUGGGGUGUCCUCACCCUCAUGUUGACCCACACCGGAUUUCUUUUCUACAUUUUAUUUUUAUUGCAUAAAUUUGCAACACUUACACAGUUAUACUUCUUAAGUUUAUUUAUUCACAUUGCAGGGCAGACUAGUAAUGUGUGAAGUAUUAUAACAAACUGGUAUUUUAUGUCUUGACAUUAUUGCUGACUUGCUUAUUUACCCAUCCUCUGUUUGCUCUUGUUAAACCAUCAUUUUCUCAUGAAGACCCUCCCCUUCUGAUGUACUAUGAAACAGCCUCUGAGACACCUCAUCUCAUUCAGCUCCUGACCAGAGAUGGAUCUACAGAUCUCAGUUUUUCUUCUGUUCAGUCUUUUCACUGCAGGACACUCUCUCAGUUGUUAUCAUUGCUGGAAUAAUAACGGCUCUUGUGUCGAUCAAAAUGUAAUAACUUGUCCCAGUGGAUUUUCCGAGUGCCUGAGUGUAUAUGUAUAUAAAGUUGGUGAAACAACUUUUAAACAGAAAUUUAAAAAUUGUACAGCUGACUGUAAAAGUGGGUCCAUGAACUUGGGCUUCAUAAAGACAUCUUCUUCUUGCUGUAACACUGACCUCUGUAACCAAAUCGAUCCAGAUCCCAACAUUAACAUUCCCAAUGGAAAUAAAUGUUACUAUUGUGAUUAUCAGAAUUGUUCAAGAACAGUGAGCUGUUUCGGGAUUGAAGACCACUGCUUUACAUUAGCAAGAAAUUUCAGCCAAGAGCUUCUAAAGGGCUGUGUCUCUGAAAGUUAUUGCGAUGCCCUAGCAUCUAUUCACGGUGAGGGCUUCUCAUGUUGUGAGGGAAGCCUGUGUAAUGAUGCUCAGAGCACCAGCACAAACAACACACAUAACAUUGUUCAAAGUGUCAACCAGAGCGUCCUGUUCCUCUGCUGUUCUCUGUCUUUCAUCCUCUUGUUGAAUUAAAAAGCUCAAUAACUCAGUUAGUUGCAACAUGUUUUCUUGUUCGGAACAGCUGCAAAAUGAUGCAACAUAAUUUAGCAUAAUUUAUGAGCGUGUGGCAGUAGAUGGCCAUUUGUUUUAGCCAAGGUCACUAAACUGCAUUGUUUUAGCAUGUUCUCAUGUCAUUAACGUGAGAAAAAUGAAUUUCAUUAAAAACUUCAACGUGUAAGACAAUUUAGCAUAAGUUAUGAGGAGGUGGCAGUAGAUGCGGUCAAUGCAGUUUUUUUUUCUCUCAGAAUUACUUUGCAUUCAUGUUGUCAUUGUUAAUAAUCAGGCUCAUUUAUUAUUAUUAUUUAUAGGACGAUAAAUAUGAAUAAAAACAAUGCUGCUCUGCUCAGGAUUGUACAUCCUGAAUUCCACAAAUGUUGGGAUGUUUUUUUUAAACGAAAUCUAAUCUAAAUUCAUCUUAUUUGAUUUACUCAACCCCUCAAGGGGACUAAAAUCAGAGGACGAACUUCUCCACCAGACCCCUAGAACCUGCUUACACCAGAUCUAGACCCUCUGAAACUAAGCGUGAUUUCACCAAAUACCAAGUAAUUUUAAUCAACCAGUCAGAUUUAUUUUUGGACAGUAAUGUUGAUCCAGGUCCCUUUUAACGUGUACUCACAUGUGCUUUUGAAUGGUCUUAAUCAGCUUUUGUUUUUGAAUUUUUUGUUUAUUAAUUUGUUUUUUUAAUCGUGCCUAAAUGUGCACUAGAAAUGAAACUGAACUUGAACUUAUACUAGUUUACUUCUAUUCAAAUUUAGUUUAUUGAAUCAUGUCAUUUGAAAUUCUUUAUUCACAAUACAUAACAAAACAAAUGUUAUUGAAUUAAAUGUUAUGCAGUGUUAUCUGUCUAUAUAUGGGACAUUUCUGCUGCAUUGAUAAAUGAAUAUUAUAUUAGAGCAUGUAUUUAAAACUUGUCUUUCUGCGUCGGAACUGCUACAAAAUGUUAUAACAGUCAUUUAAAUAAUGUUUAAAACUGCAUUUAGCAUCAUUUACCAGCAGGUAGAAGCAGAUUGUUUUGUACACUAGAAAAACACCUUACAUUAACAUUGAACUUUACUUAUUGAACAGCUUGUCUUGAUUGCUAAUGCAAAAUAACUGAUUCAUGUGGCUCAAGUUAUCGAAAGAAAGACAUGUCCGCUUUUCCCACGUUUUAACACACAUUCAAAUUUUCUCAUUGUUUUCUGCACAAGAACAGCAUACUUUUAAAUCUUGCUCUGUACAACAUACACACACCACAUCUAACUCAAAUAUCACACAUUUAACCAUGUUGAAAGAAUGAAAUCAAAAAUCAUGCUUCGCUGAUUAAAUAUAACUCACUUUAGUUCAAUAUAUUCUUGUGCAUGGAAUGAGCAUAAGAAAAGCUUGUAGCAUACUCCCUCAAACUCAUAACUGUUAAGUUCUUAAAUGUCCAGUAUUUGUACAAAACUAAAUUGACUUUCUAGGGGAGGCAGAGGAAGUCUUUUGUGAAAAUAUUAGCAGUACAGUUUGUUGAACUUUUAACUUCUAGUGCUUCCCAUCUACUGUAAGAUUGACCCAACCAGAGGGGUGCGUCUCUCAGCCCCCCAGAGGGCUAGAGACUCGUGGCUGACAGCUUUUGAUGGGUCUCUGUGAGACCCGCUAGUGCACAGAGUUUUGGGAUCAAGAUGUGGUUUCUUAAUAAGAGGCUUAAAGCCAGGAUUCAAGCCAGUUUGAAUGUAUUGGGAACAUAUCCUAAUGACAAUGAUGAAUUAAUAAUGUUCAAAAUAGGAUCUAUGACUUCUGGAAGCAAAUCUUUUAAUAGUUUAGAUGGAAUAGGGUCUAACAUACAUGUUGC